AUAUGCUUUAUUAUCCGCUCGCCUCUCGCCGCGCAGCGGCACAGCCCCUACGGGCGGGAGCGCUCUGGAGCGUGAACGCGCCGCGGCUUGUUAUGGUCCGAACAGACGGAGCCAGAAUCACUUAAGGCGCGCUCAGGAGCCCAAUCUCUCCAACCGGAGGAGAUUAGAAAAGAGAUUGGAUGAGAAUUAGAAAGAGGUACAGGGUAGAGGAGAGACGAAGGAAAAUAGACAGGAGGGGGGUCUGGAAACCCCCUCCUCUUCCUCCUCUUCCUCCUCUCGCAGCGAAAGGAAAAGGAGAAAACGAAUGCCAGGCACGGGGCGCUCUCAUUGGUCAGCGCAGGGUCAGCUGGUGUGUGCCUCUCACAUGCCCCCCGCCUCUCACACGCGCGCACGCGCGCACACACGCACACAUGCACGCGCGCCCCGCUCUCUCUCCUGUCCCACACUGGCACUCCGCCACCCUGCCCCCUCUGCUGCUCCGAUCUGAGAUAAACUAAGUGAUAGCAGCGCAGUCGGACUGGCGGCUAUAAAACACAACAAAUCAUAAGUGCGGCAGGGGCACGAGCACGGGAGGAGACGUUAGCCGUUAGCAGUUAGCCUAACACUCCUCCUCCUCCUUCUUCUUCUUCUGUGGGAGCUCUGGUUGUGUCCCGUGCCCUCCUGUCCCCUCUCCUCUCUCCACUUCUCCAUGAGUUCCUAUUUUGUCAACUCCUCGUUCCCGGUGUCUCUGCCGGGGACGGGCGGGGGAGGCCAGGCAGCUGCCGCGGAGUCGUUCCUGGGUCAGAUUCCGCUCUACUCCUCCGGCUACGCGGCAGACCCGCUCCGGCAUUACCCCGGGGCGGCUGUGGCGUAUGGAACCAGCCAGGACAAGCCGUACGCCGCGUCUCCGUACUACCAGCAGAACGGUGCAUACGCAGGACACCGGGCGGCGGGGGCAGCUGUUGGGGUCGGAGGCGCGAGUGGAGCCUCCGCCUGUGACUAUGCCACAGCGGCAGCGGCGGCAGCGGCGUGUGGUUUCUACCGGGACAAGGAGCCGUGCAGCUUGGAGGAGCAGCUGCUGCAGGACGGGGUGCACCGGAAAGUGGAGUGCGCGGGGCUCAGCGCCAAAGGGCUGUUCGGAGAGCUAGAUGAGAAGCCGUCGGCGUCAGCCCCCAUCUACCCCUGGAUGCAGCGCAUGAACGCGUGUAACGGGACCUUCGGCAGCCCGGGGAGGCGCGGGCGCCAGACGUACACGCGCUACCAGACGCUUGAGCUGGAGAAGGAGUUCCACUUCAACCGGUACCUGACGCGAAGACGGCGCAUCGAGAUAGCGCACGCCCUCUGCCUCACGGAGCGCCAAAUCAAGAUCUGGUUCCAAAACCGACGGAUGAAGUGGAAGAAGGAAAACAAACUGAUCAACUCGUCUUCUUCCAACGCGGAUGGAGAUGAGCUGGAGGAGAAACGGUCGGAGUGAGAACCGCGGAGGGACACGUACGGACUCACGGACGUUAAGUGACAAGGGUGCAAAGACAUCCGUGUUAACUUUUUUGGGGAGUUUUACGCGACUCCGUUGAAAACCACGAGGAUCUACCACCACGUUCCACGCAAUGUACUGUAUCCGCCCUAUCUCUCUCCGUGUGUGGUCUAUGAUCCAGUAAUAACACAGUAACUAUAGCACUCCCGGGAUGAGCCACGUGACUGCUGAGAGGAGAGGAGAGACGCACGCGAUUAGAAUUAGAAUUGGGACAAGUGUGUUAAAAGCCAUUACCCAGCCCCUUCCGACACUUGUUUUAAGAAGCAAAUAAUGACGCAUUCCUUAACUUAGUCGUAUUAGUACUUGUUGUCCGCACUUGUUGAAAAAAGAAAAAAAUAUUUGGGAAAUUCCUGUUUGUUUUCUGUAAAUAUUAGAAUUGUGUUGAGAUCAAAGCGCGCGCGGCCACGUUGUGAGGUGCGUUGAUGUCAUUGGGCCAAGGACGAACGUGCGUCUCCCCCCAAA